AUGGGAGCUGAGCAGUCCCUGGAAGAUGGACAGUUCCCCGGUCUAACCAAGGAGCAUACGGAGACCAUGUGAGUUCUGACGCCUGAGUUCUGUGUUCCGGGUUUUUGGUUCUGAGUUCCGGUUGGACUGGGCUGUCUUGUUGUUUUGAUUGUGUGGAUAUCCAUGCAUAUGAGUUCUGAUGCCUGGUCCGAUCCGCCUGGGCUGGAGAGACGGGGACUAUGUCUGGAGUAUGCUGAUACUGUUACUGCUAUUGUUAUUGUUGUGGAUCUCCUCCAUGCAUACUGGGUAUUGUACUCAUCACCAAAGGCUUUUGUGGCCCAUAUCCAUUCGCUAUCCAAACCCAUGAUUUAUGACCAUGAGCACACCCAUGGACCUCUGUAUGGUUGAGAGGCCACAGAGUGACUGAAUGGAGAGAGAGAGAGGGAGAGAGAGAGAGAGAGAGAGAGAGAGAGAGAGAGAGAGAAAGAGAUGUUGUUUUGCUUUGUGAUGAAAAUGAGGAUGGGACCACGGACGGCAGCAUGUACAAUUGUGUGUGUGUGAAUGGACUGCAUGUUGUGGGAAUGAAGAGAUAUGUGGAAGUAUACACAAUGUGUAUGUAACCUGCAUGUAUCUGUAUCUGAGUGGUGAAUUUUUCUCAAUCGCGUAUUUUUUUGGAACAAUGUUGCCGAUUUCCAAACUCUGUGGCCUUUUGCAGAACAGAACUUCUAAAAACAUAAAUACAUUUAUCCAAACUAAACUGUCAGAAUGACAAAUACAGGUCUGAACGCUACAGCAUACAGGUCUGAACGCUACAAAUACAGGUCUGAACGCUACAGCAUACAGGUCUAAACGCUACAAAUACAGGUCUGAACGCUACAGCAUACAGGUCUGAAUGCUACAAAUACAGGUCUGAACGCUACAAAUACAGGUCUGAAUGCUACAAAUACAGGUCUGAACACUACAAAUACAGGUCUGAACGCUACAGCAUACAGGUCUAAACGCUACAAAUACAGGUCUGAACGCUACAGCAUACAGGUCUGAAUGCUACAAAUACAGGUCUGAACGCUACAAAUACAGGUCUGAACGCUACAAAUACAGGUCUGAACGCUACAAAUACAGGUCUGAACGCUACAGCUCACAAUGACAUUCUAGACGAUUCUCUGCUUCCAACUUUGUGGCAACAGUUUGCGGAAGGCUCUUUCCUGUUUCAGCAUGACAAUGCCCCCUGUGCACAAAGCAAGGUCCAUACAGAAAUGGUUUGUCAAGAUCGGUGUGGAAGAACUUGACUGGCCUGCACAGAGCCCUGACCUCAACCCCAUCGAACACCUUUGGAAUGAAUUGGAACGCCGACUGUGAGCCAGGCCAGUGCCCGACCUCACUAAUGGUCUUGUGGCUGAAUGGAAGCAAGUCCCUUCAGCAAUGUUCUAACAUCUAGUAUGAAAAUGUAUGCACUCACUACCUGUAAAUGACUAAAAUGUAAAUGUAAAAUCUAGUGGAACGCCUUCCCAGAAGAGUGGAGGCUGUUAUAGCAGCAAAGGGGGGGACCAACUCCAUAUUAACGCCCAUGAUUUUGGAAUGAGAUGUACGACGAGCAGGUGUCCACAUACUUUUGGUCAUGUAGUGUAUAGUUCACCAAAAAAUUUCAUACACAUCAAAUCAAAUAUUAUUCCUCAUAAAAAAAAAUAUUAAUAAAAUAAGCAGGAUUCAUUCAUCGGUGUCAUCACUAUCCAAAUACAUGUAAUCAAUACAUAGGCUGGUUUGCUCAUAGCGUUGUAGACUUUCCACUGGUUCACAGAAACACAAUCCACAAUAGAGAUAAGGAAAGGGGAAUUCAAAUGGAGGAACACAACUGAUAUGAAUGCAUAGGCCUCAAUCCACACCAAAGCAACGCUCUAUAAUGGAAGGUCACAAUGUUGGAGAUGAUGACUUAAUUCUCUGCAUCUCUGCAUGUACGCAAUAUUGUAAAAAAAAUAAUAAUAAUCCUAACAAUAAGAUAGCUUGGCUAGAUCUUUACCUAUAUUGUACAUGGUAUGGCACUGAUGGGUUGAUCUCGAAUGUCAUGUAGUAGCAUUUACUGGUUGAUGGAAACAGUGAACACAACUGCACACAUUUCUCUUCCGAUUUAAAACAAAAUGUGUUAAUAUUCUGUGAAGAAAACACUUAACAGGGCAUUUUGUAUUCACUGAUGAUCCGAAGUUCUAUAAAUGUAUUUAUGCUUUUGAUCAUUGCUGUUCUGCUAUAGAUACGUUUCAAAACAGUGUGUGAAACUGUAAUAUGUAAAUAACACUGCUAUGGGCAGGCUGUGAGGAUUAGGAUGACUGGGAUGCUUUCUAAAGGAGGAGACAUAAAUGUUUUGCUAGGAGAAGGAGGGCACCUCUGCAGUGAGGAGAGAGAGAGAGAGAGAGAGAGAGAGAGAGAGAGAGAGAGAGAGAGAGAGAAGUAGAGAGAGAGAUCGGGAGAGGGAGAGAAGUAGAGAGAGAGAUCGGGAGAGAGUAGAGCGAGGGAGAGAGUGUGGGAGUUAUUUAUAUCUGAGGAGCACAGGAGAAUAUGGGCCAGGCUUAGUGACAGGGGAAGUAGCCUCAGUAGAGCGGAGAGCUGUGGAGGGGUUCUGUGGAGGGGUCUGUGGAGGGGUUCUGUGGAGGGGUCUGUGGAGGGGUCUGUGGAGGGUUCUGUGGAGGGGUCUGUGGAGGGGUCUGUGGAGGGGUCUGUGGAGGGGUCUGUGGCGAGGUCUGCGGAGAGGUCUGUGUGAGAGGUCUGUGGAGAGGUCUGUGUGAGAGGUCUGUGAGGUGAGAUUGUUAUCAGUACCUCCGUGUGUGAGGUGUGGAGGGGUCUGUGAGGUGAGAUUGUUAUCAGUACCUCUGUGUGGGUGAGGUCUGUGAGGUGAGAUUGUUAUCAGUACCUCUGUGUGUGUGCUCUCUGUGUGUGAGGCCAGAUAAUAUAAAAUUUGCUCGACUGCUUGAUUAUCCAGAUGUAAAACUGUAGCUACUGAGGUAAGAAGCUAUGGCUACAUUGCUAGUGGAUGGUUUAGGUAUUGUGAAUGCUUACAACAGGGAUCAUCAACUAGUCCCCCGUAGCUCAGUUGGUAGAGCAUGGCGCUUGCAACGCCAGGAUUGUGGGUUCGUUUCCCACGGGGGGCCAGUAUGAAAAUGUAUGCAUUCACUAACUGUAAGUCGCUCUGGAUAAGAGCGUCUGCUAAAUGACUAAAAUGUAGAUUCAGUCACGGGCCGAUGUUUUUCUUGAGCGGAUGGUUGGGGGGCCGGAACAUAAUUACAAAUAAUUUGUAGACUGCAAAUUGACCCAAGGACCCCAAACAGAUAUGAUAUCUGACUAAUACAUAAUAAUUUCAAACCUUGCUUACAUUUGUAUACGAUCACGUGUCUCUCUCUUAUGCGUGGGAAUACUUGGGAACAGAUUUCCAAAAGUAAAAUCAAUUGGAGCUGAUUUACGGGUGCUUUUACAGUCUUUUAUGUCCAAACAAUAAAAAAUAUUGAAAAAAUUAACUUGGGGGGCCAAAUAAACCGCGGGCCACCAGUCCAUGGCAGUCCCUUACAGCCACGACAGAGUUGCCUUGCUUACCAUUAGAGAAGUGUGCUCUGCACUCCCAACCAUUAGAGAAGUGUGCUCUGCUCUCUCAACCAUUAGAGAAGUGUGCUUUGCUCUCCCAACCAUUAGAGAAGUGUGCUCUGCUCUCCCAAGCAUUAGAGAAGUGUGCUCUGCUCUCUCAACCAUUAGAGAAGUGUGCUCUGCUCUCUCAACCAUUAUUAACAUGGAUUUUAGGUUUAGGAUGCUCAGGUUUUCAGUUAUGCAACUGUUUCUGGUGCACCAUUUAUAUAAGUACAGUACACAUGGCUUGUAGUUAUCUGUAGGGCCUUUACCAUUCAUUCUAACAUACAGGCUAACGCUAGCCUGGUCCCCAGAUCUGUCGGUGGUUUUUCCUGCUCCAUUGUCGUUGUCAAGCCAUGUUCUUCAUGACAAUUAUUUUUAGCAGUUGGCAAGAGAGCAGAAACAGAUUGGCACCCAGGCCAUACCUGAUCCUCUCACCUGGCUGCCACAGGAGCGUAGGAGAGAGAGAGGGUGAAAGAGAGGAAGGUUUUACAAUGGAGCAGAAGCAUUGAGGUAACAGGCUUCUUCGUGUAGUAUUUGGACAUUCAGGACCAUUGCAGAUCAUUUAUUCUAAACAUCACAUAGUGAAAAAACAAAAACAAACAAAAAAAAUCCAGUUCAGCAAUCCCAGCACUGCAGAUUCUAUUUCUACUGAUUGUUAGCACUGGCUCGAGGCAUUCUUAUGGAACCUUUGUGUGUUAUCCACAGAGGCAUUAGAUCCGUAUCCAUGGUAUCCAUGGUUGUUGUACAAUGACAUCAUCUCGCUGCAAGGCAAGGAUGUGUAGGGAGGUGGUGUAAGAAUAAGAUCACCUUAUUGGUCACACAUGGUCCAACCAAAAUUUGACUUCCGCUUUUAGCCCAACCCCUCGGAAAGACACAUAUACAGUUGAAGUCGGAAGUUUACAUACACUUAGGUUGGAGUCAUUAAAACUCGUUUUUCAACCACUCCUCAAAUUUCUUGUUAACAAAUUAUAGUUUUGGCAAGUUGGUUAGGACAUCUACUUUGUGCAAAACACAAGUAAUUUUUCCAACAAUUGUUUACAGACAGAUUAUUUUACUUAUAAUUCACUGUAUCACAAUUCCAGUGGGUCAGAAGUUUACAUACACUAAGUUGACUGUGCCUUUAAACAGCUUGGAAAAUUCCAGAAAAUGAUGUCAUGGCUUUCGAAGCUUCUGAUAGGCUAAUCGACAUUAUUGGAGUCAAUUGGAGGUGUACCUGUGGAUGUAUUUUAAGGCCUACCUUCAAACUCAGUGCCUCUUUGCUUGACAUCAUGGGAAAAUCAAAAGAAAUCAGCCAAGACCUCAGACAUUUUUUUUUAGACCUCCAUAAGUCUGGUUCAUCCUUGGGAGCAAUUUUCCAAACACCUCAAGGUACCACGUUCAUCUGUACAAACACCAUGGGACCACGCAGCCGUCAUACCGCUCAGGAAGGAGACGCAUUCUGUCUCCUAGAGAUGAACGUACUUUGGUGCGAAAAGUGCAAAUAAAUCCCAGAACAACAGCAAAGGACCUUGUGAAGAUGCUGGAGGAAACAGGUACAAGAGUAUCUAUAUCCACAGUAAAACGAGUCCUAUAUCGACAUAACCUGAAAGGCAGCUCAGCAAGGAAGAAGCCACUGCUCCAAAACCGCCAUAAAAAAGCCAGACUACGGUUUGCAACUGCACAUGGGGACAAAGAUCGUACUUUUUGGAGAAAUGUCCUCUGGUCUGAUGAAACAAAAAUAGAACUGUUUGGCCAUAAUGACCAUCAUUAUGUUUGGAGGAAAAAGGGGGUUGCUUGCAAGCCGAAGAACACCAUCCCAACCGUGAAGCACAGGGGUGGCAGCAUCAUGCUGUGGGGGUGCUUUGCUGCAGGAGGGACUGGUGCACUUCACAGAAUAGAUGGCAUGAUGAGGAAGGAAAAUUAUGUGGAUAUAUUGAAGCAACAUCUCAAGACAUCAGUCAGGAAGUUAAAGCUUGGUCGCAAAUGGGUCUUCCAAAUGGACAAUGACCCCAAGCAUACUUCCAAAGUUGUGGCAAAAUGGCUUAAGGACAACAAAGUGUGGCCAUCACAAAGCCCUGACCUCAAUCCUAUAGAACAUUUGUGGCUAGAACUGAAAAAGAGUGUGCGAGCAAGGAGGCCUACAAACCUGAAUCAGUUACACCAGCUCUGUCAGGAGGAAUGGGCCAAAAUUCACCCAACUUAUUGUGGGAAGCUUGUGGAAGGUUACCCGAAACGUUUGACCCAAGUUAAACAAUUUAAAGGCAAUGCUACCAAAUACUAAUUGAGUGUAUGUAAACUUCUGACCCACUGGGAAUGUGAUGAAAGAAAUAAAAGCUGAUAUAAAUAAUUCUCUCUACUAUUAUUCUGACAUUUCACAUUCUUAAAAUAAAGUGGUGAUCCUAACUGACCUAAGACAGGGCAUUUUGACUAGGAUUAAAUGUCAGGAAUUGUGAAAAACUGAGUUACUAUGUAUUUGGCUUAAGGUGCAUGUAAACUUCCGACUUCAACUGUACAUACCCGUUUUGGGAGCGGUGCGGGGGGCUGCCACACUGGGCACUGUUGUUGUGGGGGGCUUAAGUGCCUUGCUUAAGGACACAACAGCAUAUAGGAUUUGAUACCAGCAACCCUCCGGUUGACAGCUCACUUCCUACCAGAUAUUUUUCCCCGUCGGACCCAGGAUUCAAACCGGCAACCCUCCAGUUGCUGGCUCACCUCUCUAACCACUAGGCUAUUUUUCCGCCCGUCUUCGCCACAAUUUAUUCUCAGAGGAGACGUGCUUCCUGAACUUGGAGAGCCAGACGGUAACCAUAGCGCCGUAAGAUACUACUGGAUAAUCAAAACAGACAUGAUCACAUGAUUUAAUUACCAGACGCUCUUAUCCUGAGUGACUUACAGGAGCAAUAAGGGUUAAGUGCCUUGCUCAAGGACGCGUCAACAUAUAUAUUUUUUUUUCUUCACCUGGUCGACCCAGGGAUUUGAACCAGCGACCUUUCAGUUACUUGGCCCAAAGCUAUUAACCGCUUGGCUACCUGCUCUUUAUUGAUCUCCAGUCAAUAACAUUGUUCUUAAUAACCUGUUGUGUCGAAAGAAGCUGUCUGGUUUCAGAGAGAGUCUCAGAUUAGAGAUUAUUAUCAUUAUUGCGAGUGUUCUGGUCUAAGGGUCCUUCUCAGGGGCUUUGUCUCACGGUGUUGUCAUUGUUGUACCCAGACGGGGGAAUACUACAAAGCAGAAUCAAUGAGUUAGCUGAUGAACAACCAGAAAUAACUAUAGAUUUAUUUGGUUCAAUAAGGAAACUAAACUUUGGAAUUGUUUUUUUGGUUGUUGAGUCAAUGAGACCAUGCCCAUUUCAAGCUUAUCUUUCUAAUUUAAAAAAAAAGUUAUUUCAGAACAUUUAGGCAAGUUAGUUAUUUGUGAACAUUUGGGCAAGUUAGCUGGCCAUCUCAUUGAUCCUGCUUUGUUACCCCUCUGCUCAGAAAUGCAUUAAAAGCCCAGGAAUUAGUUGACGUAUAGCCUCAUCGAGAACCAGGCUUCCCUAUUCGGAAAGCCUGGUGAAGUCAGAAAGUAGCUACAAAGGGGUGGAAUCUAGUGACGCCUUGCAACACGUCAAACCAAUCAAAUGCUUGGGUGGAGCUCCAAAGGUGCCCACUAGUGCCAUAGGAGCUACAGUGAGUGAGGAAAUAACUGAUUUAAAUUAUUAAAACCCCAUCAAAAUAUGUUGAUGUAUGCCGUGUUUGUGGUGAUUUUUAAGCCUUGAGACAAUUGAGACAAUUUAACUGUCGGCCACACUUGACACAAUAAACUUUUACCAUAGCCUGUAGGUAGACAUGCCAUAACGGCCCUGUUGUAGUGCAGUUGUAAUGCCUUCAUCGGCUCGGGAAAAACAGUAAACAUUACACGCAGCACCCCUUUUAAGGGCAUGUGGGGGGAGGGUUCUUGAAAUGUAUCAUCCAAUCAAAAAAAAUGUAGCAGACGAUUCUAAUCGUUUCGACUCAAGCGCCUUUUACAUUACAUCUGAGCAGUCCGUCGCGUUGCGUCGGAUGUCAUUAAUUUCAAUGGGGACCGUCCACAAAAGUUAUCACAGCGCCCCCUUGCGGUUAUAGGCUCCAUCGUGAAAUGCAUACAUUGAAUUUUUCCAAACUUUGCAUCGUUUUUAGUGCAGCCAAAGUCCGUCAAUAGAACAGCAAGUUAACAAACCACAGAACAAGUUGUUUUCUGUUUUAUGGGAUAGCUAGCAACUUGUAAACCAUUACACUUACAGUGGCUUGCGAAAGUAUUCACCCCCUUGACAUUUUUCCUAUUUUGUUGCCUUACAACCUGGAAUUAAAAUGUAUUUUUGGGGGGGUUUGUAUCAUUUGAUUUACAGAACAUGCCUACCACGUUGAAGAUGCAAAAUAUUUUUGUGUGUGAAACAAACAAGAAAUAAGACAAACAAACAGAAACAUUUAGUGUGCAUAACUAUUCAACCCCCCAAAGUCAAUACUUUGUAGAGCCACCUUUUGCAGCAAUUACAGCUGCAAGUCUCUUUGUGUAUGUCUCUAUAAGCUUGGCACAUCUAGCCACUGGGAUUUUUGCCCAUUCUUCAAGGAAAAACUGCUCCAGCUCCUUCAAAUUGAAUGUGUUCCGCUGGUGUACAGCAAUCUUUAAGUCAUACCACAGAUUCUCAAUUGGAUUGUGGUCUGGGCUUUGACUAGGCCAUUCCAAGACAUUUAAAUGUUUCCCCUUAAACCACUUGAGUGUUGCUUUAGCAGUAUGCUUAGGGUCAUUGUCCUGCUGGAAGGUGAACCUCCGUCCCAGUCUCAAAUCUCUGGAAGACUGAAAUAGGUUUCCCUCAAGAAUUUCCCUGUAUUUAGCGCCAUCCAUCAUUCCUUCAAUUCUGACCAGUUUCCCAGUCCCUGCUGAUGAAAAACAUCCCCACAGCAUGAUGCUGCCACCACCAUGCUUCACUGUGGGGAUGGUGUUCUCAGGGUGAUGAGAGGCGUUGGGUUUGUGCCAGACAUAGCGUUUUCCUUGAUGGCCAAAAAGCUAAAUUUUUUUGUGUCAUCUGACCAGAGUACCUUCUUCCAUAUGUUUGGGGAGUCUCCCACAUGCCUUUUGGCGAACACCAUACCUUAUUUAUUUCUUUAAGCAAUAGCUUUUUUCUGGCCACACUUCCGUAAAGCCCAGCUCUGUGGAGUGUACGGCUUAAAGUGGUCCUAUGGACAGAUACUCCAAUCUCCGCUGUGGAGCUUUGCAGCUCCUUCAGAGUUAUCUUUGGUCUCUUUGUUGCCUCUCUGAUUAAUGCCCUCCUUGCCUGGUCCGUGAGUUUUGGUGGGCGGCCCUCUCUUGGCAGGUUUGUUGUGGUGCCAUAUUCUUUCCAUUUUUUAAAUAAUGGAUUUAAUGGUGCUCCGUGGGAUGUUCAAAGUUUCUGAUAUUUUUUUAUAACCCAACCCUGAUCUGUACUUCUCCACAACUUUGUCCCUGACCUGUUUGGAGAGCUCCUUGGUCUUCAUGGUGCCGCUUGCUUGGUGGUGCCCCUUGCUUAGUGGUGUUGCAGACUCUGGGGCCUUUCAGAACAGGUGUAUAUAUACUGAGACCAUGUGAUACUUAGAUUGCACACAGGUGGACUUUAUUUAACUAAUUAUGUGACUUCUGAAGGUAAUUGGUUGCACCAGAUCUUAUUUAGGGGCUUCAUAGCGAAGGGGGUAAAUACAUACGUAUGCACAAUUUUUCUGUUAUUUAAUGGACAACACUAUUUUGUGUAUGUCCAUUACAUGAAAUCCAAAUAAAAAUCCAUUUAAAUUACAGGUUGUAAUGCAACAAAAUAGGGAAAACGCCAAGAGGGAUGAAUACUUUACAAGGCACUGUACCUGUAAGUCCCUACAAUUUUAAUAGUAAUGUUAAAUAAUACUAAUUGACUGUUAAGCAAAUUAUAUUAUAUUACUGUUGCCUCUGUAAGCUAGAAUGAAUGGCUUUUAGCUAGCUAGCAGCUCUGUACGCUAGAAUGAAUGGCUUUUAGCUAGCUAGCUAGCAGCUCUGUAAGCUGGAAUGAAGGGUUUUUAGCUAGCUAGCUAGCAGGUCUGUAUGCUAGAAUGAAUGGCUUUUAUCUAGCUAGCUAGCAGCUCUGUAAACUGGAAUGAAGGGUUUUUAGCUAGCUAGCUAGCAGUUCUGUAUGCUAGAAUGAAGGGUUUUUAGCUAGCUAGCUAGCAGCUCUGUACGCUAGAAUGAAUGGCUUUUAGCUAGCUAGCUAGCAGCUCUGUAAGCUAGUUUGACUUGCUAGAAAGUUAGAGAAACAAGUUGAGGAAAAAGUAACUAAACUUAACAUGUUUUAUUAUCACCUGAAACAAUAUGUUUCUCCUGUCUUGAAUGAAAAGGUCAUAUUUUGCAGUCUCCCAAAAUAAAUGUGAUCUCUGACGAGAGACUACACUCUCCUGCAUCUUGUGUUGUGAAACCCUCCCCGUGCUCUCUGUCCAGUAGCGUGAAGAUGAAGCACAGCGUAAUGAAAUACAUCACAAUGUGUACUGGGCAUAAUGGAAUACAUCACAAUGUGUACGGGGCAUAAUGGAAUACAUCACAAUGUGUUCCAGCCACAAUGGAAUACAUCACAAUGUGUUCCAGCCAUAAUGGAAUACAUCACAAUGUGUUCCAGCCAUAAUGGAAUACAUCACAAUGUGUUCCAGCCAUAAUGGAAUACAUCACAAUGUGUUCCAGCCACAAUGGAAUACAUCACAAUGUGUUCCAGCCACAAUGGAAUACAUCACAAUGUGUAAACAGCCAUAAUGGAAUACAUCACAAUGUGUUCCAGCCACAAUGGAAUACAUCACAAUGUGUUCCAGCCACAAUGGAAUACAUCACAAUGUGUAAACAGCCAUAAUGGAAUACAUCACAAUGUGUUCCAGCCAUAAUGGAAUACAUCACAAUGUGUUCCAGCCAUAAUGGAAUACAUCACAAUGUGUUCCAGCCAUAAUGGAAUACAUCACAAUGUGUUCCAGUCACAAUGGAAUACAUCACAAUGUGUACGGGGCAUAAUACAACAUUCUCUAGACCUCCAAAGGAAGCGUAACAACAGCAUGAUUUUGGAGAUAUGGCUACGCGAGACUAGUUGAAGUACUGCUUAUAUAGUCUCAUCGAGGUUGCUGUUCUCCUUCUCUCUCAGUCUUGGUGAGGAUGAGUGGAAAAUGCACAAAAUAUCUUUAUUCAAACACUUUCCUCUCGCCUCUACAUCCCCAAUGUCUGUCUGGACUUGAGAGGCUCCUAAGAGACAUGUGUGACCACAGUGUGCACGCACAUUUUUUUUUGUAUUUCGGCAUUACGUUUGAUUGAGAUGGAGAAUUGCAAUAUGUCUCCGAAAAUGCUAUUCGUAUUAUUAUUAUGCUAUAAUUAUAUAAACUGAGGGUACAAAACAGUGUUGCAGUUCUUGACACAAAUCGGUGUGCCUGGCACCUACUACCGUACCCCGUUCAAAGGCACUUAAAUAUUUUUGUCUUGCCCAUUCACCCUCUGAAUGGCACACAUACACAAUUAAAUUGUCUCAAUUGUCUCAAGGCUUAAAGAUCCUUCUUUGACCUGUCUCCUCCCCUUCAUCUACACUGAUUGAAGUGGAUUUAACGGGUGACAUCAAUAAGAGAUCAUAGCUUUCACCUGGAUUCACCUGGUCAGUCUAUGUCAUGGAAAGAGCAGGUGUUCUUAAUGUUUUGUAUGCUCAGUGUAUAUUAGCGUAUAUAUUAUUAUGCUAUUUUAAUUAUAAAUUCAUUUUCUGUAUUACAUUUGAUUGAUUUGGAGAAUUGUAUGUCUGAAAAAGCUACUUUAUAAUUACAAAAGCAUUUUCUGAUAUAUAUUACAAUUCUCCAAAUCGAUCAAAUGUAAUGCGUAAAGACACAGUUUUUCACAUGCACACGUGUGUGUUCACAUGUUCACUGUGUGUGUUCAAUUGAAGGACAGGUUUAAUAUCAUCUGGAAUACAUCAUAUUUACUGAUGGCAGGUUGCAAGUUGUAGUGUUAUGUUAACACCACUAGAGGGUGAUCUAAGCAUCUCUCUCUCUCUCUCUCUCUCUCUCUCUCUCUCUCUCUCUCUCUCUCUCUCUCUCUCUCGCUCUCUCUCUUCUUGCUUCUGUAUACUGAGUUUUUUGAUUGACAGACAGACAGCAGGCUUUAUGACAUCAGUCCAGCUUGCUGACAAACACAAAACAGAAAUGAGCAAGAGGAUGCUGACAUCUGCUAAAGAUGUGUAUGUGACCAAUAACAUUUGAUUUGAUUAGAAAAGAGGGGCAGAUGGAGAGCGAGGGGGUCUUGAGAUAUAUAUAUAUAUAUAUAUAUAUAUAUAUAUAUAUAUAUAUAUAUAUAUAUAUAUAUCUAUAUAUAUAUAUAUAUAUAUAUAGAGAGAGAGAGAGAGAGAGAGAGAGAGAUGGGAGGGGGAGGGGGAGGGGGAAGGAGAGGAUAGUCGGUUCAGUCUAAUUUCUUGAGGUGUUGAGAUUUGCCCUUCUGAUAGUGACACACACACACACACACACACACACACACACUGCCACUAAUCCAAUGACCACGCUAAUCACACAGCUGCCAUGAGACGACCACCCUCCUACCAGCCAGACCCCCUCCUACCAGCCAAGACCCCUCCUACCAGCAAGACCCCUCCUACCCAGCCAGGACCCCUCCUACCAGCCAGACUCCUCCUACCCCCCAUGCCAGACCCCUCCUACCAGCCAGACCCUCCUACCAGCCCAGACCCCCUCCUACCAGCCAGACCCCUCCUACCAGCCAGACCCCUCCUACCCUUGCCCCUCUUCGGUGCCCGCGCGUCUCGCUCUCUCCCCCCUGGCUCUGCUCUGCUCUCGCUCUGCGUCGUCUCUCUCUGCGUCUCAGUCCCUCCUCCUCCUGUCUCUCUCUCUCUCUCGAUCUCCCUCUCCCCUCCCCUCCCCCUCCCCCUCUCCUCUCAUGCGUCUCUUCUCUCUCUCUCUCCCCCGUUCUCGCGCUCUCCACUCUCUCCUCUCAUCUUCUCUCACCUCGUCCCUCUCUUUUGUUCUCCCAUUUUCUCUGACAUUUCUCUCCCAAGCUCGAGAUCGUUUCAAAAUGAGAUUGUAUUGAUACAAGGUUGAUAUAAUACAGAACAAUAAUAAUAAUAUAAUAAUAACUGUAGGUUUUAUUGAUCUCUCUACUCUCUUUGAUCUCCCUCCAUUCUGUUGAAGGGAUGAUAGAGGGAUUGAGGAGGAUGACAGUCUCCCCCUCUCCCUCUUCUCCUCUCCCCAGGAGAGAUGGCUAUCUCCCCCUCUCCCUCCUCUCCUCUCCCCAGGAGAGAUGGAUAUCUCCCCCUCUCCCUCCUCUCCUCUCCCCAGGAGAGAUGGAGAUCUCCCCAAAUAGAGUGCUAGACUACAGGUCUGUUUAGACAGGGCUUGGAACGGUUGGUUGGGUUCGGGGAUAAACAGACCCUUUCUGUAGACUAUUCCUUAUGUAGACUAGUCCUUACGUAGACUAUUCCUUAUGUAGACUAGUCCUUAUAUAGACUUGUCCUUAUGUAGACUACUCCUUAUGUGGACUAGUCCUUAUGUAGACUAGUCCUUAUGUAGACUAUUCCUUAUGCAGACUACUCGUUAUGCAGACUACUCCUUAUGUAGACUAUUCCUUAUGUAGACUAGUCCUUAUGCAGACUACUCCUUAUGUAGACUAUUCCUUAUGUAGACCAGUCCUUAUGUAGACUAGUCCUUAUGUAGACUAGUCCUUAUGUAGACUAGUCCUUAUGUAGACUAUUCCUUAUGUAGACUAGUCCUUAUGUAGACUAGUCCUUAUGUAGACUAUUCCUUAUGUAGACUAUUCCUUAUGUAGACUAGUCCUUAUGUAGACUAGUCCUUAUGUAGACUAUUCCUUAUGUAGACUAGUCCUUAUGUAGACUACUCCUUAUGUGGACUAGUCCUUAUGUAGACUAGUCCUUAUGUAGACUAGUCCUUAUGUAGACUAUUCCUUAUGUAGACUAGUCCUUAUGUAGACUAGUCCUUAUGUAGACUAUUCCUUAUGUAGACUAUUCCUUAUGUAGACUAUUCCUUAUGUAGACUAUUCCUUAUGUAGACUAGUCCUUAUGUAGACUACUCCUUAUGUGGACUAGUCCUUAUGUAGACUAGUCCUUAUGUAGACUAUUCCUUAUGUAGACUAGUCCUUAUGUAGACUAUUCCUUAUGUAGACUAGUCCUUAUGUAGACUAGUCCUUAUGUAGACUAUUCUUUAUGUAGACUACUCCUUAUGUAGACUAGUCCUUAUGUGGACUACUCCUUAUGUGGACUACCUCCUCCUAGCUGCACACUGAGCCAGAUAGAGAAUACGUGUGAGUCUGUCUGUGUGUGUGUGUGUGUGCGUGUGCGUGUGCGUAUGUGUGUGUGUGUGUUCUGUAUCUCCUGCUAGCUACAGACAGCCAGAGAAUCAAUCCUGUCUCGAGGCAGGAUUGUGUUGCAGACAACCCUUCUCCUUUCUCUCUCUCUAUCUCUUUGUUCUACUCUUUGUUGUUCCACCAUUAUCUUUUCUUACCCAUUCCUCUCUCUCCCUCAGCGACUCCAUGUAUCUGUUCUUACCCAUUCCUCUCUCUCCCUCAGCGACUCCAUGUAUCUGUCUUACCCAUUCCUCUCUCUCCCUCAGCGACUCCAUGUAUCUGUUCUUACCCAUCCCUCUCUCUCCCUCAGCGACUCCAUGUAUCUUUUCUUACCCAUUCCUCUCUCUCCCUCAGCGACUCCAUGUAUCUGUUCUUACCCAUCCCUCUCUCUCCCUCAGCGACUCCAUGUAUCUUUUCUUACCCAUUCCUCUCUCUCCCUCAGCGACUCCAUGUAUCUGUUCUUACCCAUUCCUCUCUCUCCCUCAGCGACUCCAUGUAUCUGUUCUUACCCAUCCCUCUCUCUCCCUCAGCGACUCCAUGUACCUGUUCUUACCCAUUCCUCUCUCUCCCUCAGCGACUCCAUGUAUCUGUUCUUACCCAUCCCUCUCUCUCCCUCAGCGACUCCAUGUACCUGUUCUUACCCAUCCCUCUGUCUCCCUCAGCGACUCCAUGUACUAGUUGCCAACAGGGUUGCCAACCAAGGCAAAGCAGCGACAUGGUCAACAAUUAGAAAAGGCUUUGUUUUAGACACAGUGGUAGACAUGCUGAUAUGAAUGUAUUGGUCCGGGUGUAUUAUAUAUGUGUGUGUGUGUUGGCCAGGCUAUUAUGUGGUGCAAGGCUAACAGCUCUCGGUUACCAUGGUGACGGUGUGUGUGUUUGCAGAAUGUGAAAUGUCCUCUGCAAGGGCAGCGUAGACUGGGUUGCUAAACGGGUUAAUUACCUCAGCAAAUUACUCGUAAUAACCAUUGGGUUAGCCUCACACAUACAGCACUGUUUGGUUUACAGGGUCUGUGAAAAUGUAGGUUUUAUGACUAGGUCUUCAGGUGGGUUUUAAUGGAAUGUGUUUUUAACCCCUGACCACCUUCAGAUAUACAUAAAGAAGGGGGU